AUGCCAGAAUUCAAUGGUGAUCCAAUACGAACCGCCAUACUGCUAGGCUUUUUGGCCGAAACAAAAAUUCUAAAUUACACUAUUUCUUAUUAUAUCCCAAUUACAAGCGGCAAACGCGGCUCCAAAGAAGAUCGCUUUCUUGUUCGUCAAUGUAAAGCUGCGAUAAACAAACUCUUCGAACAGAAUCUUCGCAUUCAACUCUCGGAUGCAUCAUUCGUUAAUUUGCAAGUACAAUUUAAUGUCGGUGACUUUAAAUUUGGACAAAUUUCCCCUCAUGCCAAGCUUACAGAGGCAAUAAACCGUUUGUUCACCUGCAUGGAGCGUAUUAAUGGCGUAAGCGGAAUAUUGAAUUUGAGUCGCUUUAAUGCCCAAACUGAAUUUUUCGACUUGAUUGUUAAUCUGGGCAAUCGUACAGUAUUUGAAACCGUUUGCAAUUUAAUUUAUCGGAAUGAGAAAUUCAGAUUAGUGAAUGGAUUUAACCUCAGCGAAAAUGGUAUUACCUCUGUAGCGCCACUGGCGGUAUUUUCUGGAGUAUCUUUUGCAGUUUUGGAUUUAAGAAAAAAUAAAAUCAUUUCUUCAUCUCGUGUAUGCCGUGAUUUGAACGACGUGAAGGCAGACGAAUUAAUGUUAGCCGGGAACCCGGUAACGAAAUCUAGCAACUAUCCUGAGUGCAUGCGACCUGUUCUUAAAAAUUUCAAGGCCAUUGAUGGAAUACCUGCUGAGAAUUUAUCAAAAGACUAUACACCGAUGGACUACGAAGUUGACAUUGACAAAGAUGGCUACCGUGUUGAUUUUAGUAAUAAAGAAGAUAUGAUAAAGUUUCUACAUAGUAGUGAUUGGCAUGCUAUCAUGAUACGUGAUCCAGCACAAGAAUUCACAAAAGGCGAGAUUUUUGACUACUUCUUUAUUACGGUAUCACCAAUGUUAUCAGACAUAUUCCCUUGUUAUUAUAAGUUUGCAGCUGGUGAGCAUCAAUUCCUAGUGCGUCAAUGCUUCGAUCAAUUAAAAUAUUUAGUUGAUAUUUGCAAAAUGGAAAUAAAAGUUCCACGAUUUUCUAAUGAUUGCCAUUCAGCACUUUCUCACGUGAAUAUAGAUAAGGUCUUAAAAUACUACAUGGUUAUGAAUAUUAGACCUUAUAAACGGGGACAAGUAGAUCCAAUGGACUGCAUUGAUAAAGCACUAACUCGCCGUUAUAAUGGCAUAAACAGACUGCUGAAUCUGGACAACUUUCAAAGCAUUGAUGGAUUGGAAAAUAUCAUAAUUAAUUUAAGCUCACCGAAAAUGCUUAGCCGCGUCCUCAUGCAGGCAUCACGAAAAUGUCUUACCAGUUGUGUGGAACUUCGUUUGGCGCACAAUAAAAUUACCAAUGCCAAUGUAUCGAAAGUUUUGAGUUUGAUGAGCAACUUGAAAGCAAUAGACUUAGGUAACAAUUGGAUAUUGGAUUUGGCAGAUGUAAAAGAGUUAUCUACGCUUGGCUUGAAGACUUUACGACUGGAUGGCAAUCCAUUGUGCGCGAAAUAUUCGUUCGCUGGUGAAUAUAUAAGAGCUGUACGGAGACAUUUUCCAGAGCUGACAAAACUGUUUCUACGCACUUCACGCUGCAUCUACAAGCACAAUGCACUAUCACUAACGUUGGCUCUUCCCAAAAAAAAUUUCCUGUGCGAUGUAAGAGGAUACGAUUUCGUCGACGAAUUUGUUCCACUAUACUUCAAGGCAUUCGAUUCAAAUGAGCGUCAAUCUUUGAAAGAACUUUACCAGCGCAAUGCAAUGCUUACAGUUUCCUUUAAUUAUCAUAUUGCCCAAAUGACGUCGCAAAAUUUUCGACGCAUAUCCAAGUAUCGUGAAAAUAGUAGAAAUAUUUUAAAAAUGUCAGAUCUCUCUCGGGCCCACACAAGUAUACAUCUGGGCUCUGACCAAAUUAUGCAAAUGUUUUUGCAACUGCCCAGUAUACGACACGAUUUGUUGACUUUUAACACAGAUACAAUGAUUUACAAUGACAAAAUUAUAGUGAUAACAAUCAGCGGCGUCUUUUACGAUCAAGCACCAAGCAUGAUGGAUAAUGACAUACUAAUGGCAUUCACGCGCAGUUUUGUACUUACACCGGUAGAAAAGCACCAAGGGAUUCUCGGCAGAGCUAUAAAGUACCAAAUUUGUAAUGAACAACUUAGUAUAUACAACCCAACGGCUCAGCAAACUAAAAAGGCAUUCAAGUAUUUUAAAACAGAGGGGCAGAACAAUGACGACGAAGUAACUGUAGCCGAUAAAGAAGCUCUCAUUAUAAUGUUUCAAGAAGUAACAAACCUCAAAUGGGUAUGGUGUACGCGUUUCUUAGAUGACGCGAAAUGGGACAUCAAAAAAUCACUUCUGCUUUUUUUAAGUUUUUGUGAGAAAAAACGGAUACCUGAUACGGCCUUCAAUUAAGGAAGUGUCUAAUUUUUUUACAAAUGUGUAGUUUUUGCAAGUCUUUUAUACCUAAAAAUAAAUCUCUAAAAUAGUUUUCAUUUACUUAAAACGAA